CAUUUAUCGUUUUAGUGCAAUGGACUAAUAAGAACUCACGAGUGUGAAUUUUUAAUAAAUCAAUUGAUAAGUGAGAACGUGAAGUUAUAAUUAUCUUAAAAAUGAUGAAGUCCUAAAAUGUGUCGGAUGUGUUAUACCCUCAGUGUCCAUUUUCGUUAAAAACAAUUCUUUUUUUUUCAACAGCUGAUGCCAAACAUAUUUGGCAAUAUUUUGUAAAUUAAAGCCAUCGUUUUGUGGUUUCCAAGAUGGUAUUAGCUGAUUUAGGUCGUAAAAUUACGACUGCUUUGCAGUCGCUAAGUAGGGCAACAAUUAUCAAUGAGGAUGUAUUAAAUUCUAUGCUCAAACAAAUAUGUGCUGCUUUGUUGGAAGCUGAUGUAAACAUUCGUCUGGUAAAGAACCUUCGUGAAAAUGUCCGGGCAGUCAUUGAUUUUGAUGAGAUGGCUGGCGGGCUUAACAAACGCCGGAUGAUUCAGUCAGCUGUGUUCAAGGAACUCGUAAAGCUGGUAGACCCAGGGGUGAAACCAUAUCAGCCCAUAAAGGGCAAACCCAACAUCAUCAUGUUUGUAGGUCUCCAGGGCUCUGGUAAGACCACCACAUGUACCAAGCUGGCAUACCACUACCUGAGGAAGAACUGGAAGUCCUGUUUAGUGUGUGCUGACACCUUCAGAGCUGGUGCCUAUGACCAAGUCAAACAAAAUUGUACCAAGGCCAGAAUACCUUUUUAUGGAAGUUACACAGAAGUGGACCCUGUGGUCAUAGCAACAACUGGAGUGGAGAUGUUCAAGAAAGAAGGAUUUGAAAUGAUCAUUGUGGACACUAGUGGUCGUCACAAACAGGAGGAGUCACUGUUUGAGGAGAUGUUGGCUGUUGCUAAUGCUAUUAAACCAGACAAUAUAAUAUUCGUGAUGGAUGCAACAAUUGGUCAGGCUUGUGAAGCUCAAGCUAGAGCCUUUAAAGACAAAGUAGAUAUCGGUUCUGUCAUCAUCACUAAGUUGGAUGGUCAUGCAAAGGGUGGUGGUGCAUUGUCGGCUGUGGCUGCAACACAGAGUCCUAUUAUCUUCAUAGGUACCGGAGAACACAUUGAUGACUUGGAACCCUUUAAAACUAAACCUUUCAUCAACAAACUUCUUGGCAUGGGAGACAUUGAGGGUCUUUUAGACAAAGUGAACGAACUUAAGCUUGAUGACAAUGAUGAGCUAUUGGAAAAACUAAAACAUGGACAGUUCACAUUGAGGGCCAUGUAUGAACAAUUCCAAAACAUCAUGAAAAUGGGACCCUUUUCACAGAUCAUGGGUAUGAUUCCAGGGUUUUCUCAGGAUUUAAUGUCAAAAGGCAGUGAGCAGGAAUCAAUGGCUAAACUGAAACGACUUAUGACCAUAAUGGACUCCAUGAAUGAAGGCGAACUGGACCACCGCGAUGGCGCGAAACUAUUCUCAAAGCAACCCACCAGGAUUACGCGAGUGGCACAGGGCGCCGGUGUCACAGAGAGAGAUGUCAAAGACCUCAUUGCUCAGUACACAAAGUUUGCAGCAGUUGUUAAAAAGAUGGGAGGUAUCAAGGGUUUAUUCAAGGGUGGUGACAUGGCAAAGAAUGUCAACCAAACUCAAAUGGUCAAACUCAACCAACAAAUGGCAAAGAUGAUGGAUCCACGCAUCUUACAACAGAUGGGCGGUAUGACCGGCCUUCACAAUAUGAUGAGACAACUGCAGCAGGGCUCAAGUGGAAUGAGCAGUUUAAUGGGUGGGAAAUGACAAAAAAAUAUAGUUUUAGAAUAAGUCGUAUGGAACUGUAUUUUAUCCAAUAAAGGGUGAACACCGAAAUUUUGAUUAUUUAA